UUGACUCUAUGCAGGACCAGUCUGAGUUACUUCUGUGUUAAAAGGACAGAGGCACAGAGGGACAUAGGCAAAGAGAGACAGAGGCACAGGGAGACAGAGCCACAGAGGGACAGCCACAGAGGGACAGAGGCACGAAGAGACAGAGACGCAAUAACAGGCAGGCAGGACGAACCACUCUCAAGGCCAGAAUAUAUAGACAUCCUUGGCCGCAGGCACUGACCCCAUUACUUCCUGCAAGCACUCCAUCUCCUGAUACAAGGCGCCCCUUCUCCUCUCCCCAUUCAAGUGUGCCUUCGUGCCUCCACCCCCUCACCUCCCCGCUGUGCUUCCUCCAGGAGACCCCGUGGUCAUGGCGAAACUUACGUUUCUCUCCGUUCUGCUGGUUCUGUGGGCAAGUGGGGGAAGGUAUCACGCCCAAGAGACUUAUAGUACCCACGCGCACCUUGAGGAAAGCCCCACGCACGCCCACACGCUCGGGAGAUGGGCGGGAGCGACACCAAGGAACCUAAGUUGUGGGGACCUGACGAAUGUGGUGCACUUGGCAAUGAUUAUCGUGGACUUCAUUGACGAAUUUAAGGAUGACUACACCAAAAAAGCAAUUGGUGGGUUCAGCUGGGAUACGGUAAACAGUCACAUACACAUUUCUCAGGAUUAUCGAUCUAUUAAGGUAUGCAUGGCAGGUGAUGAACAAUGCAUACCUGUCCUCGCUCAGCUGCCGAAACCCAAGCCAAUCCAUACGGAGGGAGAUGUGAAGGAAAUGAUGGUGAAGAUGAUGGGGCACCUUCAGCGUUACAUGGUCGCUUCGGAAUCACUCGUCCUCGACCAGUCUCUUGUUGAGGACGAUUUGGGCUUCCUGAACGAGAUGAUUGACCUAAACACACAACUAGAGGAGCUGAAUGAGAUCUUCCUGAUUCCCAUGACCUCUUGUGACCUGACCCCUGAGCCCACCCUUCCCCUGAACCUUACCCGCCGUAUGCAUCAGCAGGUUGAUUCACCUUCUAAAGACAUAAGGGGCUUCCAAGGCCUAAGGCAGAUACGCUUAGGCCUCUGCUUCCUAAUUGAUGUGUUUUCUGAGCCUCAACAGACACCGAGACGCGAUGGAUAGACAAAAUGGGAUUCUCAGCAUCACAUUCUGAAACACUUCUGACAGUAUCUUAGUUACUUUAAAAAGGCUGUAGUUAAAGUUACACAGGUUUUUAAAGAUGUUUUUUUUAAGGUUUUACUGACAGAUUAACAUGAUUUCUACAUUGUCAACAGGAGAAACACUCUUGAGAACCCGGCUAGUCAUCUCUGUGGCCUUCGAAGACAGUCGUGGUGAGAGAGCAAAGCGUUUCUGAAUAUGAAUGAAUCCUGGUAACGCUUGUAUAAGAAUAAAUGUAGUGUAUUGAAAAAACAAGCAGUACUUCACACUCUAAGGAAAGAGCAGGCCGUUAAUUGGAAUUCGUUAUGUUUAGAGCUGGUGUAAGAAGAGGCAGCGAGCGGCUGGUCCUUACGCAACUCUUUAGGGAUGAUGUGUGAUAAGGACAUAAGAACUUAGGAACACAAGGGAUGCUGCAAGAAGUCAUCAGAUCUACAAGUAGUAAUCUUGCAUAAAGCAUGUCUGUGUGUCUUGUAUUUCCGUCUAUCAUCCCCAAUCCACAAAUUUGUCUAGUCUUUUUUUUUUUUUUUAGCCCUCUAUUGACACUUUAAAGCUCACUAUUGUUUUAAAGGUCGAUAUUGAUGGUGGUGGUGGUGGUGGUGGUGGUGGUGAAUCUACAUUUCUUAUCAUUGAAACUCAUAUAAUGCCUUGACAAAUCAAUAGUGUUAAUAAUAAUAAACUCUCGGUAUCUUA